AUUCAUACGUCUGUAAUUUGAUAGUUAACUUAUAUAACGUUCUACUGAACUUGGCUUUAAUUACAGAGAUACGUUUAUGAGAUGAUGCGUACACACAACUGCUAUUCGAAACGGACUGCCGAGUUGGAAAGAAUGAAACCGGGAUGUUUCACCACUUACGUGCAGUUUCUAGGACAUAUUGUGAAAUGAUGGUCAUUUUCAAGUACAGAAAAAUCGAAUUCAGAGUCAUUUAUCCUGCGAUCAGACAAUAUCUGCGAGUUAAUGAAUGCGUAUACAUGAAGUUGUAUAAAUAUGUGGGAUAGUUUAAUAAACGUGCCGCAUCACUCACUAAGAAUAGAUGUGACCUGGUGAUUAACGUUGUAUUUAAAUAAAAUUUCAUCACAUACUGGAUCAAAUUCAUUAAUGUUCAAUAAAACAGCUACAGAAAGUUACGAAAAUCAAUGUCAAGUUCAAGAUUAGCAAGGAGGCGGAGUUCCGCGGGGAGCCUGGUGAUCCCGGAGUCAGAGACCGACAGACGAGUGUCACUGACAGGUUACUCAAACAUUGUACUCGAUGUUUCCGUCAACAGUCAGCAACAAGAUGAAGACAAAAGUAAAGUCAGAGUUCGAUUUGCUGAGCUACCAGCAGUGGGUUUGGAUAUGUCUGGAUACGGUGUGGACAAACCUAUGAAAAGAAAAUAUUCCGUGGCAUUGCAGACUCUUAAACCUUUUAGACCGUCCUCAAAAGACGGUAAACUGCCUAUCAAUAAAGUAGGAUUCUUUUCCUACCUGUUUGUCACAUGGUUAUCUCCCCUGGUCUGGAAAAUGUUUCGGAAUCGAUCGCAGCCUGUAGCUGAAGGCGAUAUUUGGGAAUGUUCAGAUCAGGAAGGCGUUGCUGCUAACACAGAAAGAAUGGUUCGACUUUGGAACGAAGAGAUAGAGAAACGUGGAGAGAAAAAGGCGUCCUUUAUAAAUGUGUGGAUACAAUUUAUUCGCACGAGAACUUUGAUAACAUUGAGUAUUCUUACUCUAAACGCUCUGGCCACAUUUACGUCUUCAGCUUUCCUCGUAAAUCAAGUAGUUGGAUACCUGGAGUCAACGGAAGACAAUAUAGCAUUCGGCUUGGGGUUGACAGCGGCAAUGCUUGGUUGUGAAAUGAUUAGAGCUAUUUCAUUUUCUACACUUAUGAUAUUCAGUGCCCAGACUGGAACGAGGUUCCGGUCAGGGUUUAUGGGAAUCAUGUACGAUAAGCUGCUUAAAUUGAGAGUGGUCAAAGGAAAAACGAACUCUGAGAUAAUAAAUAUAUUCAGCGUUGAUUCUUACCGUGUAUACAUGGCUACGUGGGCUGUAACGUUCCUGAUUUCUGUACCAAUCUACCUUAUUAUUGGCACCGUGUAUUGCUACACUUUGAUCGGCUACUGGUGUUUCGUCUCAAUUGGAACUUUUGUUGUUUGUUAUUUUGGGCAGACACUCCUGACAAAAUUCAUCUCGACUUUGCGAAAACAAUGUGCACAAUACACAGAUUUGAGAGUAAGAAGGAUGGGAGAAAUUUUGAAUAGCAUGAAGUUCAUUAAAAUGUAUGCCUGGGAGAAGCCAUUCAAUGAUGCUAUCAUAGAUGUUCGCAAGUCUGAGCAGAAAUACAUGCUGUACUCAGCCUUGUUGAAUGCCGUUAUUGGAUCAAUCAUUCCUGUCACACCGACAAUAGCGUCAGUUAUAACAAUAACAAUAUAUACUGCUGCCGGGAAUAACCUCACGGCGUCAACGGCAUUCGCUGUUAUAGGUACAAUGAACUUUUUGAGGAUCAUUGUUGCGCUCAUUCCCUUUUCAUUGAGAGCAUAUGGAGAAGCCAAAGUCAGUUUUGCGAGACUAAAACGUCUGUUGUUGAUGGAGGAACAUUCAAUCCCCUCUACUGAAGUAUUUAACAAGGACAAUGUCGUAGAGAUAAAAGCAGCCAAUUUCAUAUGGGACAUUGUUUUAGACCAAAGUAGUCAAUUAGACGCAGAAAAAAAUAAAAGAAAGUCAAGCGUUACAAGUCUUGACCUGUCAAGGAGAGAAAGUAUAAGCAAUUUUGCGUUAUCGGACAUCAAUCUUGAAGUACAACAGGGAAAACUGAUCGGUAUUUGCGGCGCUGUGGGGUCCGGGAAAUCAUCACUUAUGUCGGCAGUUAUGGGAAGGAUGUUGCUCCAGAAAGGUCACCUGGCUGUCAAUGGCGACGUUGCCUAUGUUGCACAACAAGCUUGGAUAUUUAAUGCCACAUUGAAGGAAAAUAUUUUAUUUGGUAGAGAGUUCGAUGCAGAUAGGUAUAAACAGGUGAUAAACUGCUGCGGGUUGGAGCCAGAUUUAAGAUUGCUUUCUGAUGGAGAUGAGACAGAGAUAGGCGAACGUGGUGCAAACCUUAGUGGAGGCCAAAAGCAGCGCGUGAAUCUGGCGCGUGCAGUGUAUAGUCACAGUGACAUCUUUAUUUUGGAUGACCCUUUGUCUGCUUUAGAUGUUAAAGUUGGAAAACAAAUAUUCCAUACAUGCAUUAAAAGCAUGCUUAAAGAUAAAACUGUGCUGUUGGUUACACAUCAAUUACAGUACUUGAAACAUUGUGAUGAAGUUGUAGUGAUGGAGGAGGGUUGUAUAGAAGAAAAAGGCCAGCACCAAGAACUGCUUGCAAUGAAUGGAUUGUACUCCAAUAUGUUUAGAAUAUUUGAUCAAACUACCAUGAAAUCCAGAAAACCAGAGAAUGCAGGUUCAGGGGAUGGAGAACCGGGGUCAUACAUCAAGCAUAAAGGUGCUAAUGCAGCAAGUACAAAGCCUGAAGAAAACGAACUGAAGAAAAAUGGAAUACUAAAACCAUCAAAGAAGAGAGGAAAAGGAAAGCUUGUGUUGACUGAGGAAGCAGCUAUUGGUAACAUUGGUUUCGGCACGUAUAAUGCUUACAUACUUGCUGCAGGUGGUUGGUGUGUUGCUUUCCUCGUCAUUUUUGCAUAUUUUGUAUCAGCUGGAUCUCUCGUGUUCAGUGACUGGUGGCUAAGUGAAUGGAUCUCGUCUCUUAGUUUACCUUCGCAACCGAAUAAUCUCCAGGAAGGAAAUACUACAACAGAGAGUACAGCAUACACUGCAUCUAUUGGAACCACAGCCCAGUUACCGGAAGGUUCAGAAAGUGGGAUGUUUAGUUACGACACGUAUUUUACUGUGUAUAUUUCAUCCCUGGCUGGCAUCAUUGUUCUCCAGCUUUUCAAGAGUUUCAUCGGCGCCAAAGCUUCAAUUGUGGCGUCAAACAGAUUACACGCAAAGUGUCUGGAUAAAGUAAUGAAGGCACCAAUGUCCUUUUUCGAUUCAAACCCAGUCGGAAGGAUAUUGAAUCGUUUCUCAAAAGAUUUAGACGAAGGUGAUGUGUUUAUACCACAAGUAACCAACUCAUUUUUACAAAUAUUUACGCUGGUUCUAUUAUCGGUCGCAAUGUCCGCUUUCAUCACACCGUGGAUUUUGAUUGCUAUUGUACCAAUGGUUAUUGUGUUUUACAUCAUGAAACAAAUUUCUACUGUUUCUGUGCGGCAGCUCAAGCGCUUAGAGAAUAUAUCACGAUCUCCACUUAUAAGUCACGUGAAUGUGACAUCCCAAGGACUGCCGACAAUCGUUGCAUACAGACAACAGGAACGCUUCUUUGAAAAAUGUACAGGAGUCGGGGAUGUUGCCUCCAUGUCCAUCUUCCUGUUUGAUGCAAGUAUGAGAUGGAUUGGACUCCGACUUGACCUUAUGGCAGGAAUGAUGACAGUAUCAACCAGUCUUAUUUUUGUUCUCACAAAGGGUCUUAUUCCUCCUGCGUCGGCUGGUCUUGUUCUUGGACUAUGUGGAAAGACUGUGAGUAUUGUUCAGUUUCUGGUCAGAUUAAUGAAUGAGACAGAGGCCCGAUUCACAUCAGUGGAGAGACUUCACGAAUACAAUACAACAUUAUCAUCAGAGGCACAACAUGCAAAGAAGUUUGCAAAACCAGACUGGCCAGAGAAUGGUUCAGUAUCGUUCCAUAAUGUCGUGAUGCGGUACCGACCAGACAUGGAUCCAGUCCUCAGCAGUGUCAAUUUUGUCAUCAGUCCGAGGGAGAAAGUCGGUAUCGUUGGUCGGACUGGAGCAGGAAAAUCAUCAUUGGCAGCUGCAUUGUUCCGGUUGGUUGAGUUAGGAGCUGGCAGUAUCGUCAUUGACGGGGAGGACAUAUCUGCACUUCAUCUAAGCACAAUACGAUCUAAGAUGUCUACUAUAACACAAGAACCCGUGCUAUUUGCUGGAACUAUCAGGUACAAUAUUGACCCAUUUUCCCUCUAUUCGGACGACAGUAUUUGGGAAGCAUUAGAUAAAGUUCACAUAAAGGAAAAGAUUGUCCAGUUUGAUGAAGGAUUAGAAGUUAUUGUUGAGGAGAACGGCGAGAAUUUUUCAGUCGGGGAACGCCAGUUAAUCUGUUUGGCACGUGCUGUUCUUCGUAGUAGUAAAAUAUUACUUCUGGACGAGGCUACAGCAAACAUAGAUACUUCUACGGAUGCAAUGAUUCAAGAAACCAUCAGAGAAUGUUUUUCUGAUUGUACUGUUAUCACAAUUGCACACCGACUCAAUACAGUUUUACACAGUGACAAAAUCAUUGUGCUCGAUUCUGGACAGGUCAUGGAAUGUGCUUCACCACAGGACUUGCUGUCCAAUCCACAUUCGUUUUUCAACUCUAUGAUAUCUGCCCAGUCAGUUAAAACACCUUCGCCAUAACAGUGACUAUGUUUGCUCUUGACUUUACUAAUGUGUAAAACAAUGUAAUGUUAGUCAUUAGGAAAAAUAUGAUCAGACGAAAUGUUUUCUAAAGGAAGCAAAGAAUCAUUAUUGUUUGCAGGUCCUGAAAUUAAGUGGAUGGUUUAUAAAGCAGAACACAUCAUUUAUCUCUUUGAAAUAAUAUUAUUUAUAAAAAUGGAGGCUUGCAAAAAAGCUUUUUCUGGUAUAAUAAUUUACUGUUUGUUGAAAACUAAAGAAAAUGAAACAAUAACUUUGAUAUUUGCGGAUAUAAGUCUUUAUUUGCUUGUAACGUUAAUUUAGAGAAUAAAGACAUUCCUUAUCAUAAGAUAUCUGGAUUCUUAGAUAAGUUAGAAACUGACAGUCAAUUCCCGCUAGCUAUUUGGUAGAUAUCUUGUGGAACCAGGAGCUUAUCUAUGGCAUGGAUGACUCCAUUGGACGCCUGCAUAUCAGCUUCAAUCACAUUAGCAUUGUUAAUCACGACACCUGCAAAAUAUUAUAAUGUGGACUGUGCAUGAUUCAACUGAAACACAAUAAAGUCUUACUUAUACAUAUA